AUGCUCCUUCGUCUGACGAACCUCUUCUCCUUUUUCCUCCUCGUUCUCCCUUUCACUUUAGCCCAUCGAAUAGAAAUUGAUCCAGGAGAGAAAGAAUGUUAUUUUGAAAGCUUACAACCCCAAGAUAAAAUGACGAUAACGUAUGAAGUUGGUGGAUCAAUCGGAGGUGGUCAUUUAGAUAUCGAUUUCUAUGUGACGGAUCCUCAAGGCAAAACGAUUUAUACGCAACAUAAGAAACCUCAAGGAUCAUUCUCACUUUCAGCUGAUCAAGGUGGGAAAUUCUCUUAUUGUUUUAGUAAUGAAAUGAGUAGUUAUGCUCGGAAAGUACUGAGCUUUAACGUACACGGACAGCUGUAUGUAGGCGACGACGAACAAAUAGCACCUGUGGAGCAAGAAGUUCGAGAUUUGAGUACAGGAUUACAAUUGGUCAAAGAUGAGCAGGCUUAUUUAGUUGUUAGAGAAAGGGUUCACCGAAAUACUUGUGAAUCGACGAAUUCAAGAGUAAAAUGGUGGGCUAUAGUACAAACUGUCAUUUUAUUCAGUUUGUGCGCGUGGAACGUGCAUUACCUCAAGAGUUGGUUCGAGGUCAAACGAGUACUAUGA